UUUAGUGUUACGUUUCAAGCUUCGUUUGAAUUCUUUUUGAUAUGAACGAAAUCCUCAUAGGAGAAAGAAACAAUUGUUGCCGUGAACCGGAAUGCGGUUGAAACUGGACAGAGAAAAUUAUUUCUUGCAUGAUGAUUUGAAAUUAAGAAAGUAUUAAAGGCCGAACUUUGAAGAGACUGAGCAGUAUAUUCGACUGAAUUAAUAGAGUUUGUUUAAUAUGUAUCAGGUAUUAAUAAUGAUACUUAUUUUAUUAUCUUGAGUGAUGUCAAGCAAAUUUUACUCUGACGUAUAUUGAACUCAGAAAGAAUGAUGUAAAACUAGAUUUUGUACAGUGUCCAGUAUGAUUUGCUACUAUAUGCAGCUUAAGCUUUAAGAGUGAAGAAUUAGUGAACUGUUAUGAUAACACCACGUUGAAAGUGAAAAGAUACAAAGCAUAAACUGAAAACGAUUAUCUUAAUAUAUAUCACGAUAGCUACGUGAGAAAAAGAUAUCCACAAAAGAUAAUCGCGCCAAACACUACGUGAUCGCUAGAAACAGUAGCUGAAUCGUUCUCAAACCCACGCCCAUCGCCUUAGAAACAAAAGAUACAUUGGGUAAUGUAACCAGGACACAUAUGUGUCUGGCAAAAUAACAAAAUUCUGGAAUGGGAAAGCUGCUAACUGAUCAUUUAACCGACUAAAAACAACGUAAAUUUUUUUCAAAUCAUACUGUCGUCUUACAUGAGGUAUGGAUUGAGAUAUAUUAUAUUUAGAAUAAAUAAAAAGGUGGAAGGGUCGCGGUUGCAAUGUUUUCGCUCAUUGGUAUGCUCGAUCAGGGCUAACUUGAACCUGAACAUCAACAACAUACGACGUGCGCCAGAGAUAUGCUUAGCCAAGUGGUUACUUGGAGCCAUGUUGGUAGUAUAUCACGCUUCAAAUUACGAAAAUAACAGUUAACCCAUUUAUGUAACAUGUCUUUAGAGACGUUGUAAUUACUGUAAAUAUAGAGGGAAUAUUUUUAAAAACUAUUUAAGUAAUAUUUUUUGUCGGUUUUACGUUUCUAAAAAAUAUCAAGUUGUUAUCUUUUGAACUUUGGAAUAUUACUAAACUCUGUAUAAUUUUAGAAUUCAAUAUAUGGUAAGAUCUGUUGCCCUUGUUCUGUCCGUCUGCUUACAACACCGACAAUGUUGAAAAAAGCUGUUGAACUACAGGUUGAAUACCAGACGUACUAUCUGCACCCAUAAGAACCACAGAGGUAAGAUAAUGAACGCACAAUAACCGUGUUAUUGUUUAAACCAUGUGUUUCGAACUGAAAAUAUUAACGUGAUCCAAGUCAUGAGUCGACUCGAUCAGUGGUACCGUCGCUUCUUGAUAUCGAAACUGUUCACCAAAGGCUGGGGUAAACCAGAAAACUUGAAAAAACUGUUCAACUGUAGGAAAGUUAUCUCGAAUCGAGAGGAAUGCAUUAAGUUGGUUCCACCCGACUAUCCUGUCCAUAUCGACAAGGAUAUAGAACAGGAUGACCACCGCAUAUUGGAAGGACAUUUCCUCUCGCCCUUCGCAGUCUAUAUGUCAGAUGUGAUGCCCAAAGAAGUUGAAAUCGCCAAAUUUCAAAUGAUUUUACCUAAACUAUGGAAAUCUCAACUAAAGCCGGUUUGUGUUCAGCUGGGUGGCACCGGAGACCAUUUCUACUGGAGAAGACGAACGCUGUUAGGGAAACCUUUACUGAAGGAGUUUGGAAUCGCUUCAAUCAUCCUUGAAAAUCCUUACUAUGGCAUGCGAAAACCAAAACAACAGUUACGAUCGGCGUUGCACAACGUAAGUGACCUUUUCGUAAUGGGCGGAGCUCUCAUCCUAGAGUCGUUAGUAUUGCUUAACUGGUGUGAACAACAAGGGUGGGGUCCUUUGGGCAUCACUGGUAUUUCCAUGGGGGGACAUAUGGCUUCCUUGGCUGCGUCAAAUUGGAAUAAACCUCUUUCACUAAUACCCUGUCUGUCCUGGAGUACCGCGUCUGGUGUAUUCACACAUGGUGUUCUCAGUGAAGCCAUCCCCUGGCGAGUUUUACAGUCUCAGUAUCUGGAAGAAAGUCAGUAUGGGACCGAUAUCAAGAAAAUGAUCCACUCCCCCGAAGAUGUGGCCAGAGCCUUCCGCCUUGGACAGAAAUAUGUACAAGAUAUGGACGAGUCCUUAAAAGAUGUCCUCAACUUUUAUCGUAGCCAAAAUAAACCGUCUUUAUUAAAUCUAAAACUUGAUUUUGAAACCAAAGAAGAAUCCCUCUCUUUACGCAAAGAAGAUGAAAACAAGAUGGUCGAUUUUAACCCUAGCAAUACUAUAUCUUUGGAAAAUACACAAGCUACUGCUGCUGAUUCUUUUCAAGCCCUUAACAACACUAACAUUCUCACAACUUCUUUGUCCAAACCGUCGAAAACAGACUGGAAAUCUCGGUAUUUAUCCCUAAGCUAUGCUGCUGCCAAAUCUCACAUCACCAGGUCACAGACAAGUAAAGAAAAAAGGCAUUCGACUAAAAGAGUUUCUGAAGAAGCGUUAAAUUUUAUGCGAGACGUGAUGGAAGAGUUCACUCACCUUGGCAAUUACACACAACCCGUAGAUACCAGUUUGAUUAUCAUUGUGGCUGCAAAACAAGACGCUUACAUUCCCCACGAAGGGGUCCUCAGCCUGAAGCAGCUAUGGCCUGAAGCUGAAGUGCGCUACAUUGAUUCUGGUCACAUAUCUGCCUUCUUGUUCAACCAAAAAACCUUCCGAAUGGCUAUCAAAGAUGCAUUUGAUAAACAGAUUCAGAAGUAUUACACGUAGAUGUGCUCAAGUAUGUUAAAUAUGCUAAAGGUUUACUCUGUCUUGUCUGUGAUUAAACUACUGGCAAACGUGUCAAAGGAGGAGCCUUUAUGCAGUCGUUCGAUCUGUCAGAAAUAGCAGCAUAAUCACCUUAAAAUCACAUUAUACAAGUUUAAAAAAGGAAGGAAACAUUUAUCCAGAAUAAUGUUUUGGAUAUAUUAUACCUUGAAAAGAGACAAGUUUGAAUGCCUUAAAACAAGCCUCCUUUCAGUAUACUCUUUUGUAAUAGCAAGAGUAACCAGUUGUAAAUUCUGUCCCAACUUCUUGCAGCUUGAUAGCAGUUUAGUAUGUAGAACUGAAAUGAAUAGAAAGCUAUUGUUUGACCUUUACAUAUUCUUUCUAGCAGAUGCAGAAGUAAAAUGGUUGAAUUGAUAAUAUGGCAGUGUUCUAGCAUUCCAUAGAUUAUUAAUUCUAUUUCACUGAAAAUGUUUCUGUUAAAAAGUCUGCUUCACAACAAGGUAGUUCCAGGUUCAGUAUUCACUAUAUGGCUCCUUGAGCCUAUAUACUACAGCAAAGCCUUGCAUGUGAAAUUGUUUAUUGAUAACUGUAUCAAAGCCUAUCAGAGGAACCUUUCCUAUUCUUGGAUGGUAGGCUUAAUCUGUCAUUUAGUUUAUUGCAACUACCUUACCUUUUGGUGUCUUUAGCAGAGUUCACUGUUACCAAAAUCCAAGUGAGGUCCCCUGUCUGAUAAUAGCUUUCAUCUCAGCAGUCUCAGAAGCCCUAAAAAAGGAUCUAAACCUUUACAUGCAUACAUCAUUUUACUUCACUGUUGAGGAUAGGAACCAGUUUAUGAGAAAAGUUUAUUUGAAAUAGGCCAGUUUCUUAUCCAGGAGAAUGUGUAUCUUUCCUGUGAUUAAAGCAAAACUGGAACUGAGAACCUUUCCCCUGCUCUUAAAAGUCAUUUAGGGUUUCAGUAGCAUUUGACUUCAGCUUAAUUUUCCAGCAUAUAGUAAAGGAAGAAAAACCAAUAAUAACGAAACCAGUUACAUUGUAAUUGUUGCUAAGUAACAAUUUCUUAACCCUAGGUCAGCCUUGAUUGAACAAACCCAUGGUCAAAGGUAUUCCAGAUGUGAUCAUCUCAUCUUUACCACCCAGUUUGAGAGGACCACAUUACCAAAUUAGUCUUUCUAUAAAAUGGUAGGAUAUGAUUUAUGAGAUUUGGCUGGUAUUUCUAGCCAGCUGUGUGACUGUAUAAAGGCUUUCCUAUGUUAUUGUUUAUACAAAAAUAUGUGGUUUGCAGCGCAAUGUACUUUUCUAUAUCAAUCAGGAGGAGACUUGAUUUAGCUUAGCAUAUAUUUACAAGAUUACUGUCUUUAUGGUCGUAUCAACUUACCCCAGUAUUCUUGUCUGUUUUAAAAACAUUAUUCACAAUAAAAUAUAAUGAUAGAUGUUUAUUGUUCUGCUUAUGUAAGAGAUUAUUAAGAGGAUAGUGAAUAGCAGAAUUGUUAAAGCAGACAAAAAUGCCUUACAAUAUUACUUCCCUUUUGCAGCCAGUAAUGGAUAACAUAUCUAUAUCAGUCAAGUACUUGCAUUUAAAUCAACUACACUUCUCCCCCGGUAUUUAUGACCUUCUGUCUAUGACAUUAGUUUUAUUGUCUGACAAAAUAUACCUUGUGAUCAUUAGUUGCACGGCUGUACAUUUUUAGUUCAAAUCCUGCCAAGUCGACUUCCCUUUUGUUUUUCCAGGACCAAUGAAAUAAGUACCAGCUAUGUACCGGAAUCAAAUUUACUAAAAAUGUGUAGCUUUGGAA